CCCCCCCGCCGGGCUUCAUGCCCCCCGCCCAGCAAGCCCAGCAUGGAGGUGGUGGGGGACUUCGAGUACAGCAAAAAAGACCUCGUCGGGCACGGAGCCUUCGCCGUGGUCUUCAAAGGCCGGCAUCGCAAGAAAACUGAUUGGGAAGUAGCGAUAAAAAGCAUUAAUAAAAAAAAUUUGUCAAAAUCACAAAUACUUCUGGGAAAGGAAAUUAAGAUCUUAAAGGAACUUCAGCAUGAAAAUAUUGUGGCUCUCUAUGAUGUCCAGGAAUUGCCCAACUCUGUUUUUCUGGUGAUGGAGUAUUGCAAUGGUGGAGACUUGGCAGAUUAUUUACAAGCUAAAGGAACUCUCAGUGAAGACACCAUCAGAGUGUUUCUGCAUCAGAUUGCAGCUGCCAUGCGAAUUCUACAUAGUAAAGGAAUCAUUCACAGGGAUCUUAAGCCCCAGAACAUCUUACUGUCUUACGCCAGUCGCAGAAAAUCAAGUGUCAGUGGCAUUCGGAUCAAAAUAGCGGACUUUGGUUUUGCUCGUUAUCUGCACAGUAACAUGAUGGCUGCCACCCUGUGCGGAUCUCCUAUGUAUAUGGCUCCUGAAGUGAUUAUGUCUCAACACUAUGAUGCCAAGGCUGACUUGUGGAGCAUAGGAACUGUGAUCUAUCAGUGCCUGGUUGGAAAGCCCCCUUUUCAGGCCAAUAGUCCCCAAGACUUGAGGAUGUUUUAUGAAAAGAACAGAAGUUUGAUUCCUAGUAUCCCCAGAGAAACAUCACCAUAUUUGGCUAAUCUUCUCUUGGGUUUGCUUCAGAGAAAUCAGAAGGACAGAAUGGACUUUGAAACAUUUUUUAGUCAUCCUUUUCUUGAACAAGUUCCAGUUAAAAAAUCCUGCCCGGUGCCGGUGCCCAUCUACGCUGGUUCAGUUUCUGGCAGUUCUUGUGGGAGCUCUCCGUCUUGCCGCUUUGCUUCUCCGCCAUCCCUUCCAGAUAUGCAGCACAUUCAGGAAGACAACUUAUCUUCCCCACCCUUGGGUCCUCCUAACUACCUACAGGUGUCUAAAGAUUCUGCCAGUACUAGUAGUAAGAACUCUUCAUGUGACACCGAUGACUUUGUUUUGGUUCCACAUAACAUUUCAUCAGAUCACUCAUAUGAUAUGCCCAUGGGAACUGCUGGCAGACGGGCUUCAAGCGAGUUCUUGGUGUGUGGAGGAGGACCAUGUCAGCCCUCCCCGUCACCACACAGUGAGACCGCGCCAAUCCCAGUGCCUACUCAGUUAAGGAAUUAUCAGCGGAUUGAGCAAAACCUCUCCUCAGCCAGUCCUGGGACAAACCCCCAUGGUUCUCCAAGAUCUGCAGUGGUACGAAGGUCUAAUACCAGCCCUUUGGGCUUUCUGAAGAUGGGCUCCUGCUCUCCAGUACCUGCAGACACAGUACAGACUGCUGGGCGUAGGCUUUCCACAGGGUCCUCCAGACCGUACUCUCCUUCUCCAUUAGUUGGCACUAUCCCCGAACAGCUUGGCCACUGCUGUUGUGGACAGCCACAGGGUCAUGACUCGAGGAGUAGAAAUUCUUCAGGUUCUCCAGUACCACAGUCGCAGUCACCGCAGUCUCUUUUGUUGGGUGCUAGGCUUCAGAGUGCCCCUACGCUUACUGAUAUCUACCAGAACAAACAGAAGCUUCGAAAGCAGCAUUCUGACCCUGUGUGCCCAUCCCAUGCAGCAUUUGGAUAUAGCUACUCACCACAGCCGAGUAGGCCAGUCAGCCUUGGGACCUCCCCCACUAAGCACAUGGGAUCUUCUCCUAGGAGCUCGGACUGGCUAUUUAAAACUCCUUUACCAACAAUCAUUGGCUCUCCCACUAAGGCCACAGCUCCUUCUAAGAUCCCCAAGACCCAAGCAUCUUCCAAUUUGCUAGCCUUGGUUACUCGUCAGGGACCACCAGAUGUGCCAGCUAAAGAUGUGAGUGACCCACGAGAGUUCUCACAUUUUCUCUCAGCCCAAGGAAGUGAAAGGCAGGUGGCUGAGCAGCAUAGCAAGGCCACAUUUGGCAGAUCUGUAAGUACUGGGAAAUUGUCAGAUCAACAAGUGAAGACGCCCUUGGGUGGGCAGCUGUAUCAGGGCAGUACAGACAGUCUCAACACAGAACGACCAAUGGAUACAGCUCCCGCAGGGGCCUGUGGCGUUGUUCUGGGACCUCCUGGGGCCACCGGGGCCAGUUCUAGGGCUGUAAUGUUUACCGUUGGAUCUCCUCCCAACAGUGCUACACCUCCUACUUGCACCCAAAUGGUUCUUCGUACGAGGACAACUUCAGUUGGAUCCAGCAGUUCUGGAGGGUCUCUCUGCUCCACCAGUGGCCGUGUCUACAUGGGCUCCCCUCCCGGCAUUUACAUGGGUUCUUCUCCGCCGGGAGCAGAGGCAGCACCGAGCCUGAAGUAUGCGCCCUAUGGGACGUCCCCUCCUAGCUUGGAGGGCUUUAUCACUUUUGAAGCUCCAGAACUUCCAGAAGAGACUCUGAUGGAGAGGGAGCACACGGACACACUGCGCCAUCUGAACACGAUGCUGACGUUCACUGAGUGCGUGCUGGAUCUGACGGCCAUCAGGGGAGGGAACCCCGAGCUGUGCACGUCGGCCGUGUCGCUGUAUCAGAUCCAGGAGAGCGUAGUAGUAGAUCAGAUAAGCCAGCUGAGCAAAGACUGGGGACAAGUAGAACAGCUGGUAUUAUACAUGAAAGCGGCCCAGCUGCUUGCGUCAUCUUUGCAUCUUGCCAAAGCCCAGAUCAAAUCAGGGAAACUGAACCCAUCUACAGCUGUUAAACAAGUUGUCAAAAAUCUGAAUGAGAGAUAUAAAUUCUGUAUCACCAUGUGCAAGAAACUUACAGAAAAGCUGAAUCGCUUCUUCUCUGACAAGCAAAGAUUCAUCGAUGAAAUCAACAGUGUGACUGCAGAGAAACUCAUCUACAAUUGUGCUGUAGAAAUGGUGCAGUCAGCAGCCCUUGACGAGAUGUUUCAGCAGACGGAGGAUAUUGUGUAUCGGUAUCACAAAGCAGCUCUUCUUUUGGAAGGCUUAACAAAAAUCCUGCAGGACCCUGCAGACAUUGAGAACGUACACAAAUAUAAAUCUAGUAUUGAAAGAAGGCUGUCUGCACUCUGCUAUGGUGCAGUGACUGUCUAUGAGCCAUAGCCUCUCCCAUGGACCGAGCAGCAGUGACAUUAGGGAGGUGGGAGCUGAAGCCCCCCCCCCCCCCCCCCCCAGGAGGAUUGGUGACUACCAAAGAGAAUGCCAUUGAUGCAGAGAAGGACAGCGGCCCUGAACGACUAGGGAUGACGUGCUGGGUGGAGAAGCUCUCCUUUCCUUUUGUGUCUUAGAAGCAGGAGUGAAACACUCUCCCUGGGUUUCAGUGUCAACGUGGUAAGUGCACCUUGGGCUGAAUGAUGGUUCAGUGCGGUUGUUCUGCCCCCGAGGAUCUUGGGGAAGGGCGAACGCUCCCCCAGCCCCCGGCAGUGGGGGAGAAGCUGCUGCAGGUGGAGUCUCCUUCAAAGUUUGCCUCUCAGACUGCCAAGAAAUGCCAGAGGCAAAAAGCAGGAACCUCUGGCCUGGAUAGGGGCACGACUGACUCUUGGGGUGAGCUUGGCUCCUGCCGAGUGUGCCUCCAGAAAGGGGAAAACCCCCUUACAGGGAUGACAAGUUGCCUCCGCUCCGUCCGGAGCCGGACUUGAUCUGACGUGGCUACAGGCUUGAUCUCUUCCCAACAGAUUUCAUGUUGCACUAAUUUACUAAAGCAACUGUAUUGGACUUUACAGAACUCUUAAUUUAACACCAGAUAAGGCACAAUGGACUUACUCCAAAAAAGUUUCAUUUUAUUGUAAAUAAACCCUUUGCGGAAUUUCAAACGUAACUUCUAGGACAAUUUUAAACAGACUGUACAAACUUAUAUUCGUGUGACCCUUUGCCUUUUUUUACCUAUUUGUCUACAGCUGCCAAUUUUUUCAGUAAUGGAAAUGUUUUAAGUUCCUACUUUGUUUUUACUUUUCCUAUAUAAGGCUUGGUUGCGGUUUUUUGUUGUGCAUGCAGAAUGUGCAUUAAUUAGCUCCUGUGAUCUCAAAGGGUGUGUUAAAAGUGCUGUCUCCAGCUUCUUGGGCAGUAUUAGAACCAGUGCUGGAAAUUGAGAGGGGCUCUCCCAGAAGGUUGGGGCCCGCACCUAGGUUGGUCAUCUAGAUGUUUGUUAGUGAUGUGGGCUUUCUACAUCAAGUUUAUGAAAAAUCAGGUUUGUUUUUUUCUGAAGGAAGUGGGGGUGGGGACUCCCCCACCUGGGUGGGCGCUUUUCAUUUCAAGCUCAAUUCUUGCAGCUUACCAAAUAGUAAGGCCUGGAGGGUUUAGGCAAGUUACCUGAAGACUCCUCUGGAAAUGGUUCCAAUAUUGUAUUUUAUUUUGUUUUGGUUACUUUACUGCUUGAAUACUUGAAAAAACCAUUCUCCAGAACAAAAUCAUUUUAAUCCUUUUAGAUAACGUGGUCUGAACUCUUUGACAAAGUUGUACAGUAGCUCUGCAUCGAUAGCAUUUUGGUGUACUGAUGAAAACCAUGAGUUUCUCUUUACUUUGACAAAGUAAUGUAAUUUUUACCUUAUUUAUCUGUAUGAAAUUCCAACAGUUAAUUUGAACGUUUAUUUAUAUAAUGUUUGUAUUUUUAGGUCUUUAAUACAGUGUUUCUACCUCUCAUUUGUAACAGCAUGCAUUCUUCUGGAAACUAGGGAAUAACUCACUGAACUGUUGUGUGAGAGCCUUUUUAUUAUCGCCUGUAUAAAUGUAUAUUAAGGUAAAAUAAAACUGACAGCGGUUUCUAGGUGCA